AUGUCGGAUAGUCCAUCCACAAAUCAAGGUAGCACGAGCGGCCAGUCGGUGCGUUCUGGAAUCAUAGAAGAAGAAAGUGGAGUCACCCCAUUCACGUACAUUCUCCUCACGUGGGGGCUUCUACUCGUCUCCACUUUCACUCUUAUUGUGAUCGUCUGCAACCGAAAUCGUCGUCGCCAACGAGACCAACACCAGCACAACAACAAUGCCAUGGUGGAAGAAGGACGACAACCGGCAGAUUCCAACCAGCACGAAGAACUCAGCAAUCAAAAGACAAAUAGCUCUUCUCAUUUCCAACUUAUCGCACUUGUCGCUAUAAAUGCCAUCUUUGCCUUGGCUCUUUCUAUAUACGCCAAUUCGACAUGCGAGUUUUUGCAAGCCGACGAUCGUUCUAUUAUCAUGUCUUUUCCACCCUUGAACGCCAACGACGACACGUUUACUACGGUCGAGGUGUACAGUCUUGGACUAUGGAGUCUUGUAGCCACGAACGGUGCACCUGGCUACUUGGAGGGAGACCUGAAUGGCGAAGUCGAGGCUUGCUUCGAGGUAUCUUACCUCUUCUACCUGGACGGUUACUACAAAAUGGCAAGGGCAUCAGCCGUGAUUGCCUCGUUGAUCGGAGGACUAAGUCUGCUCACCUUUCUGGUACUUGCCUGCGACUUUGCCCGCCUUCGCCGCUUCAGUCGCCUCCUGGGAUGGUCAUUUGGAGUUACUACAGUCUUCCAGCUAUUUACACUAGCUUUCCUUGGAACAGAAUACUGUGAUUCCUCGAACUGUUCUCUUCACAAGGGGGGAGCCUCAUCUGUUACAGCGGCAGCGUAUUGGCUGUUUUGCGUCUUCGCAGUUCUCUCUGGUGUUGGCGGAUUUGAACAGUAA